AUGGCGCCCAACUGCAGCGCCCCAUGCAAGCCGGACGAGGUUUGCGUGGACUGUUUCGACCUGCCCUUCUUCGUGAAGGAUGACCGCAGCCCGAUACCUGAGGCAUUCGCUGCACAGUCGCCCGCGAGAAGCGACAGCGGAUCCACCAGCGGAGCUAGCUUGUACUCUGCUGACAGUGAGCAGUCUCUGAAGAGACGUCAGAUGCGCAAGCAGAAGUCCGACGCAACGGUUGCGCGCUUUCUGAGAGAGCUGCGCAGCUAUACAUUGCCAGGUAGUUCGGGGAAAGAAUUUCAAGUUCACAUGCUUUGCAGAUUCCUGGGCAUCACAGGCCUUGUGUGGUUUCGGAUGUUUGCCAUCUCCGUUUGCAGUGGUUGA